AUGCGUGGGAACGACGGGCGGGCGCACGCGCCCGUUGACCAGGAGCGCGCGGACAAAGCGGAGAGCGGUCAGGGCGGAGGGGGAGCGGGCGCGAGCACGGGCGCGAAAGAGGAUGGGGUAGACGCGGAGCUGGUGUGCGGAGGAGGGGGAGAGGCGGACGAGCAUUUGUCGUCUUCUGGGCGGACGUUGGGCAAUCUGAUCAUAUCCAUCGUGGGCGCAGGCGUGCUGGGCCUGCCCUAUGCGUUCAUGCGCUCGGGCUGGCUCGUCUCCCUCGUUUCGCUGGUAACCACAACUGCUCUCACCCACCGCGGCAUGCACCUGCUGCUCUUUACGCGCCUCAGAAUUUCUUCCCCCCCCCCUCUCCCCGUCUCCCCCCCAGGCGUGUUGGGCCUGCCCUAUGCGUUCAUGCGCUCGGGCUGGCUCGUGUCGCUUGUCUCUCUCGCCGCCACGGCUGCUCUCACGCACCGCGGCAUGCACCUGCUGCUCGCCGCGCGCGCCCUGCAGGAGGACUGGGAGACGGAGCAGCAGCAGGCCAGGCUGCUGCCGCAGCAGCAGAAGCUGCCGGAACAGCAGAAGCAAAUGCAGACGCAGGAGGCAGAGAUAGGGGGAGAUGGUAGGAAGGAGGGUGUAGAGCAGCAGCGGGGAGGUGGAGGAGAGACGGAUUCGCUGCUUGUCAGAGCAAGCACCGACCCAUCAACACCACCAGCAGUACCGUCUGCACCAGCAGCUGCAAAACCAGCAGAUGAAACAGGGCAGGCUACUACCACCACCACCAGCAGCGCCAUCACCAGCAGGGCGGGGGGCAAGGUGCGGUCGUAUGGGGACCUGGGUGAGCGGGUGUACGGAGCGGUGGGGCGCGGUGCAGUGGAUGCCAUGGUGCUGGUCAGCCAGGGCGGCUUCUGCGCUGUCUUCCUGGUGUUCAUGGGUCACAACGUCGCCAGUGUGCUCUGGGGCUCUACCCUCGACUCCUCCCUUGUCAUCGCGGUAAUAGGUGAGUUGGGGGGUUGUGUUACGGGUGGUUACCACCUGGAAGUGGGGUUGGUUGGCAUGUGCGGCUUCUGCGCUGUCUUCCUGGUGUUCAUGGGGCACAACGUCGCCAGUGUCCUCUGGGGCUCUACACUCGACUCUUCACUUGUCAUUGCAGUUAUUGGUGAGUUGUCGAUGUGUGCCCUGGGGCUCUACGCUGGAGUCUUCACUCGUCAUUGCAGUCAUUGUGUGCUCUGGUGCUCCACCCUCCGCUCCUCCCUUGUCAUCGUCACCAUCCAUGGGUUGCCAUUGCUGGGUUACCAACUGUGCCAUCGCUACCUGUGUACGCAUGUCCUCACCACCUAUACCAUACCCCCACCACCCAUACCCACACCACCCAUACCCACACCACCCAUACCCCCAAUACCCAUCCUCCCACCAGCCUCAUUUCAGAUCAUGCUGUCGUGGCUGCCGUCCCUCACCCAACUCGCUCCUUUCAGCAUAUUCGCCAGCUGUGUCAACCUCUGCGCCUCCUCCCUUAUCAUCUAUCUCGGCCUUCAUUCCUUUCAAGGCCUCGACUCCCUCUCUGCCUUCACAACCCUUCCUGUUUCCCCUCUUCCUCCCUCCCCACCCGCCCCCAUCCCUACCCGACCCAUCCCCACACCUCUCCACCCCUUCCCACCACCCAGCAUAUUUGCCAACUGUGUCAACCUCUGCGCCUUCUCCCUGGUCAUCUACCACGGCCUCCAUUCCUUUCAAGGCCUCGACUCUCUCUCUGCCUUCACAACCCUCCAAGAUGCACCCUUUGCCUUUGGCGUGGCCACCUACGCACUCAACGGCGCGGGCAUGACUCUCUCAGUCGAAUCCUCCAUGCGUAAUCGCGCACAGUUCCCCACCGUACUCGCUACAGGCCUCUCCAUCAUCUCGGUAUUAUACGCCGCCGUCGGCACGGCCGGGUAUUUCGGGUUCGGGAACAAGACAAAGGAGAUUGUGACACUGAAUUUGCCGCCCAGGUGGCAAAGCGUGGCAGUGAAGCUUGGCGUGUGUGUCGCUCUGUUCUUCACUUUCCCAGUCAUGAUGACUCCAGUGCAUGAAAUGGCAGAGAGGUAUAUCUCCUCCUCUCGAGACAUAUACAAUAGCUUCCUCUCCCCCUCCGUUGCUCCCUCCCGCCGCCGGCUAUUCGUCUGCUUCGUCCGCUCCCUAACCGUGCUUUUCAUUGUGCUGCUAUCGGUGUCGGUGCCACAUAUUGGCGCGUUCAUCUCCCUAAUAGGCUGCAGCGUUUGCUCUGCGCUGGGGUUUGUCGUUCCUGCACUGUUUCACAUGAAGGCUGCUAGAGGGAAGUUGGAGACUUCUGCAGUGGUGGUUGAUUGGUUCCUGGUAGGGUUUGGUGUAGUGUUUGGGGUAUGGGGCACUUGGAAUGCGUUGCAGCAAAUGCUCGUGUAA